AUGCUGUUCCCCCUCUUUGUGGUUGUCUUGGUUUUGUCCUGUGAAAUUGGGGGUCUGUCUCUGGGGGUGAGGGCAGACUUCAAUUGGCUUCUACUCAAAGGCACGGCAACUAAAUUCUCUUUAGUUGAUUUGAGCGGCUGUUCUGGACCCAGCCACAUGGAGCCCUGUUCGCUGCUGCUGGGGCUCCUCCUCGCGGCAGGAUUUCUCUGUGGGGCCCAGACUCAGAGUGGUCCUUCAGACAGAGGUCAGGGCAAGGCUGGCACACAGGAGUUCGACAACAGUGACGCCGGUUUAGAAAGAGAAUUUCUUUACACCGGGAGGAGUAAGCGCGCUCCAGCUGAACCUCCCCAGGACAAAUGCUCCUACACCUUCAUAGUGCCCCAACAGAAAGUCACAGGUGCCAUAUGUGUGAACUCCAAGGAACAAGAGGCUACGCUGGAGAGCCGGGUCAACAAGCAGGAGCUGGAGUUGCUCAAUGUGGAGCUGCAGAAACAGAAGCGUCAGAUUGAGACGUUGCAGCAGCUGGUGGAAGUGGACGGAGGCAUCGUGACUGAGGUCAAACUGCUGAGGAAAGAGAGUCGCAACAUGAACUCGCGGGUCACACAGCUGUACAUGCAGCUGCUGCACGAGAUCAUCCGCAAGAGAGACAACGCACUGGAGCUGGCGCAAAUGGAGAACAAGAUCUUGAACCAGACGUCCGAGAUGCAGAUGAUCACGAGCCGCUACAAAGACCUGGAGCACAAGUACCUGCACUUGGCGUCACUGGCCACAAACCAGUCCAAUCUCAUCUCUCUGUUGGAGGAGCAGUGCCAAUCACGACCCGCUGUGAGGCAAGUUCCUGUCCCUCAGCCACGCCCACAGCCCCGCCCACAGCCUCCAGCCGUGUCACCUCCACUGAUCAAGCCUCCAGUGCCACCACGCAUCAACAACCAGAUCACCAACGAGAUCCAGAGUGACCAGAAGUCCCUCUCUCCUCUGCCCACGAUGCCGACAGGAACGCAAGGCCCUACGACCACAAACAAGCCCUCUGGACCGUUUAAAGACUGCCUGGGAGCCCUGGAGGACGGCCAAACCAACAGUGGCAUGUAUUUGGUGAAACCCGAGGGGAGUAACAAGCUGAUGCAGGUGUGGUGUGACCAGCGCCACGACCCCGGCGGCUGGACGGUCAUUCAGAGGCGUUCGGACGGUUCUGUCAACUUCUUCAGGAACUGGGAAACAUACAAGCAAGGUUUUGGCAACAUAGACAGCGAGUACUGGCUGGGUCUCGAGAACAUCUACUGGCUGACGAACCAGGGCAACUACAAGCUGCUGGUGACCCUGGAGGACUGGUCGGGGAGGAAGGUGUUCGCGGAGUACGCCAGCUUCAGGGUGGAGAACGAGGCUGACUUCUACAAGCUCCGGAUCGGCCGUUACCAUGGAAACGCCGGGGACUCGCUCACCUGGCACAACGGCAAGCAGUUCACCACGCUGGACCGGGACCACGACACAUACACGGGAAACUGUGCACAUUACCAGAAGGGGGGCUGGUGGUACAACUCUUGUGCCCACUCAAACCUCAACGGAGUUUGGUAUCGAGGAGGACACUAUCGCAGCCGUUACCAGGACGGAGUCUACUGGGCAGAAUUCAGGGGCGGAGCCUAUUCACUGAAGAAAGUGACGAUGAUGGUCCGGCCAAACCCCAACACCUUCCAUUAG